AUGCAAGUAUUGUUAUAGCCUGUAACAUGGGUUACUCUACCGGUAUGGGCACUUCAACAGAGCUCAUGUGUGAUAACGGGACCCUUUCUGCACCUAUUCCUAUCUGUUAUGAUAACUGUGAAAUAGAGGCAAUUCCUUUCUCAGAUCAACCAACGGCUGGUUCUUUGAACCAUAAUGCAAGUAUUGUUAUAGCCUGUAACAUGGGUUACUCUACCGGUAUGGGCACUUCAACAGAGCUCAUGUGUGAUAACGGGACCCUUUCUGCACCUAUUCCUAUCUGUUAUGAUAACUGUGAAAUAGAGGCAAUUCCUUUCUCAGAUCAACCAACGGCUGGUUCUUUGAACCAUAAUGCAAGUAUUGUUAUAGCCUGUAACAUGGGUUACUCUACCGGUAUGGGCACUUCAACAGAGCUCAUGUGUGAUAACGGGACCCUUUCUGCACCUAUUCCUAUCUGUUAUGAUAACUGUGAAAUAGAGGCAAUUCCUUUCUCAGAUCAACCAACGGCUGGUUCUUUGAACCAUAAUGCAAGUAUUGUUAUAGCCUGUAACAUGGGUUACUCUACCGGUAUGGGCACUUCAACAGAGCUCAUGUGUGAUAACGGGACCCUUUCAGCACCUAUUCCUAUCUGUUAUGAUAACUGUGAAAUAGAGGCAAUUCCUUUCUCAGAUCAACCAACGGCUGGUUCUUUGAACCAUAAUGCAAGUAUUGUUAUAGCCUGUAACAUGGGUUACUCUACCGGUAUGGGCACUUCAACAGAGCUCAUGUGUGAUAACGGGACCCUUUCUGCACCUAUUCCUAUCUGUUAUGAUAACUGUGAAAUAGAGGCAAUUCCUUUCUCAGAUCAACCAACGGCUGGUUCUUUGAACCAUAAUGCAAGUAUUGUUAUAGCCUGUAACAUGGGUUACUCUACCGGUAUGGGCACUUCAACAGAGCUCAUGUGUGAUAACGGGACCCUUUCAGCACCUAUUCCUAUCUGUUAUGAUAACUGUGAAAUAGAGGCAAUUCCUUUCUCAGAUCAACCAACGGCUGGUUCUUUGAACCAUAAUGCAAGUAUUGUUAUAGCCUGUAACAUGGGUUACUCUACCGGUAUGGGCACUUCAACAGAGCUCAUGUGUGAUAACGGGACCCUUUCUGCACCUAUUCCUAUCUGUUAUGAUAACUGUGAAAUAGAGGCAAUUCCUUUCUCAGAUCAACCAACGGCUGGUUCUUUGAACCAUAAUGCAAGUAUUGUUAUAGCCUGUAACAUGGGUUACUCUACCGGUAUGGGCACUUCAACAGAGCUCAUGUGUGAUAACGGGACCCUUUCAGCACCUAUUCCUAUCUGUUAUGAUAACUGUGAAAUAGAGGCAAUUCCUUUCUCAGAUCAACCAACGGCUGGUUCUUUGAACCAUAAUGCAAGUAUUGUUAUAGCCUGUAACAUGGGUUACUCUACCGGUAUGGGCACUUCAACAGAGCUCAUGUGUGAUAACGGGACCCUUUCUGCACCUAUUCCUAUCUGUUAUGAUAACUGUGAAAUAGAGGCAAUUCCUUUCUCAGAUCAACCAACGGCUGGUUCUUUGAACCAUAAUGCAAGUAUUGUUAUAGCCUGUAACAUGGGUUACUCUACCGGUAUGGGCACUUCAACAGAGCUCAUGUGUGAUAACGGGACCCUUUCUGCACCUAUUCCUAUCUGUUAUGAUAACUGUGAAAUAGAGGCAAUUCCUUUCUCAGAUCAACCAACGGCUGGUUCUUUGAACCAUAAUGCAAGUAUUGUUAUAGCCUGUAACAUGGGUUACUCUACCGGUAUGGGCACUUCAACAGAGCUCAUGUGUGAUAACGGGACCCUUUCUGCACCUAUUCCUAUCUGUUAUGAUAACUGUGAAAUAGAGGCAAUUCCUUUCUCAGAUCAACCAACGGCUGGUUCUUUGAACCAUAAUGCAAGUAUUGUUAUAGCCUGUAACAUGGGUUACUCUACCGGUAUGGGCACUUCAACAGAGCUCAUGUGUGAUAACGGGACCCUUUCAGCACCUAUUCCUAUCUGUUAUGAAAAAUGUGACGUAGAUGCAAUUCCUUUCUCAAAUCAAAGAACAUUUGAUUCUUUCGAAAAUGAUACAGGUAUCGUUAUAGCCUCCAACAUUGGCUGCUCUACCGGUGAGACUGCUGGAGGCGCUCCACAUGUUGGAUUUGGGGACUACUAA